AUGACUUCCACUACAAGUUGGGCUGAUAUUCAACGACUUGCUGCAGAUUUGCAACGUGUUCAACUUGCUGAGAGCAAUAAACAAAGGUUAACUGAAGCUAAUUGUGUAGAAGUGAUCAGCAUGCUUAUUUCGAUGGGAUCUGUUGAUUUGGUUAUUAGCUCCGAUGGAAAGUAUGUUACUCGAAAACAUUUACAAACAGAAUGUGCAAAUGAAUGCCUUGCUGCGGGAGGCAGAAUUUCUCUUACCGAUUUGGCCUCACAAUUAAAUGUAAAUCUUGACCAUAUCUCUGGAGCUGUUAACCAAUUGGUCAGACAAAUCGAUCACGAAGAAGAUGAUGUAAAUCUUCCAACUGAACUUCUUAAUCAACAUAUUUUAACGGAAUUGGGCACUGGGAGAAUAUCGGCAAUUCGUUUUGAAGAUUAUUUAUGCACAAAUCGUUAUAUUAAUACAUUGAAAGGCAAAUUCCGUGCUAUACUUAUUGGACUUACUAAGCCUUGUCCUCUAACAGAAAUUUAUUCAUAUUUGGCUGUUAGCGAGUCUUUUUUCUUUCUUUUAUUGAAUGAAUUAAAUGAUCAAGGUAAAUUACCUGGAAGGCUUUUAGGAACAAAAAAUUCAAUUAAAUCGUUAUAUGUGCCUUUUAUCCAUGAAAGAAUGGCUAAACAGUUUAUUUUACAGCGUUUAACAACAAAUGAUCGUCGUGUUAUUUUUGAUCAUUCAAAAUUAAUUUCAACUUGGUUAAAAUCAAUCGAAGAAUUUAUUCAUGAAAGAGCAAUUAAAGAUGCACCAGAAUUACGUAAAGCACAAUUAAAUGCUGCAAUAUCAAUCCAAAAACAAUUAAAUAAAGAGGAGAAAAAACAAAAAGAUGAUGAUUGGGAAAUAGAAAAGCCAUCAAAAGGAGGGAAAGGGGCUAAUAAAAAGAGUCGUUCAGGUGGAGGAUCUUCUCAUCAGACUUCGAGCCGUUCUAGCAAACAAAAAGCAGCAACAGACAGCAAUAUUUCUAACAAAGAUUUACUUUCUUGUGCUUCACCAUUUACUUCUGAUGAAUUAUUUACCGAAUUAGAACGUUGUCAUUCUUCAAGUGAUUUUCAAAUACCUGAUACUCUUCGUGAAGAAAUAGCUGAUGAUUUUAUUGCUGAAGUUAAUAAUUUAUAUAGGCGUUUUGUUACUGAAAUAUGGGAACAACAAUUACAUCAAACAACAGCUGAAGAACAGCAAGCACAACGUCAAGCAUUUGAACAACGUUUAAAUAAAAUUUCUGAUGAAUAUGCAGCUAUUUGCCUUUUUGAAAAAGGAGCUGAUUAUUUUGAAGAGGAUCAAUUAGCUAACGAUUUACGAAUUUAUUUGCUUCGUUCUCUCUGUACAGAAUUAUCACAUUCUCUCCUCUAUACUAUCUCAGACCUAAAUUUAUCCCAACAAUCUUCUCCACAACCAACAAUUUUAAAUAAUAAACAACGUGAUCAUUUAAUAGAUUCAUUAGAAUCUGUAGAAAUGCAAAAAUGUUCUCGUCAACUUUUUACCUCCCUUGAUACUUUAGAACAUUUUCAUGAAGCAUUUCAACGUUUAACAGCAAUGAAUGGCUUAAAGUUAAAACAGCCCGAUAGAAAAGAGCGAACCCAGAAAUUGGAUUUAUUUGGUAAAGAAUUACACAAACAAAUGUUGGAGUGUACAGAUCCCCCAACAACUCUUCUUUUAACUGUUAUUUUAUGUUUUCAAUUAUAUUAUAGAAUUGCUAUUCAUGCAUCCGGUAAAUUUGUCUCCCCAUUAAUUCAUUUUCUUUCAACGGGAACAUCUGCCAUUCCUCCCGAUUUGGUUAAUUUAUUAAAUGAAAUACAACAUUUAGUAGUGGCAAGUAUUAAACAUAAAGGUGAUUCAUCAGAGAAAAUAAAAAAUGAUUUGAUGGAGAAAUUAGUUAAUUUGAAGACAUUCUUUUCUUAUUCUGAUCGAGAGGAAAAACAAGAAGAAAAGGAAGAGGAAUAA